AUGAACCUCAUCAUGUCCAUCUGGUCCCGUGCUGUGGAAUCUGAAUCUGAUGUCUUUGUCCGUAGCUUUGCUGAUGAUGCAACAGUCGAAGUUGAGCGACCUGACCCGUCCAUUGCAGUCGCCCAGCUGCAGAAGGCUAUCUCGGUUACUGAAGAGUUCACAACCCUGAGUGGCCAAAAACCAAAUGUUGGCAAAUGUCAUGUGUGGUCCACCUCUCGCAAGGGUCGCAAAGCGCUUCGUGGUUUGAAGAUGCUUGGUAAACCUUUAGUGCAAAAGUGGCAUGCAAAAGACCUUGGCUGCCAAACCCUGUUCUGUGGUCCUGCUCGUUCAACUUUCUUGCAAGCCCGUUUUGCAAAAGCCCGCAAGACGGCCAAGCGUGUGCAGUGUGCUCCGUUGAGGCUUGAAGAUAAAGUGCAGUUGGUUACUGGAGCUGCGUCCAGUCUGGCCAACUAUGGUCUUGAAACUUGUUUCAUUGGUGAAAGUGCACUUGCUCGUGUCCGCAGUGCUGUAGUCAUGGCCAUCUGGAAUCAUCGCAGACGGUUUCGUUCGUCGCAUGCAGUGCUGUUGCUCUUCACUCAGUCGCACUUGACCGACCCUUUCCAUGCCCAGGUGUAUCAAUGUCUUACAACCUUGAAACGCUGCCUGUCUCAAAAUCCAGCAGUGCGUGCUAUUUGGGAACCUUGGUGGUUGAAAGCUUCUGGUCGUGACCCUCGUCGUCCUCGUGGCCCCGUCACCUUGUUGUGCAAUGUGGUUCGUCGUAUCAAGUGGUCCUGGGUAUCUGCUUGGACUCUUCGAACUCAUCAGGACAUUGACCUUGACCUUCUAAAUACAGACUCUGACUUGUUUGUGCAUCAUGUUCGUGAAGCUUGUCGUGUGCAUGGUUGGCAGCAGGCACUUGGUCUUCACAAGCACUUUGAAGGAGCCCAAUGUGGUGUUGAUCGCUCGGCCUCUGUUCACUUGUCUGAGCAGAGCUUUCUGUCGACUCAUGAUUGUCGUCUCCUUCGCUCAAUCUUGACGGACGCUGUGUGGACUGCUUCGCGCUUGUAUCAUGCUGGUCGACUCCAGACCUCGGCGUGUCCUUGUGGUCAUGACCACCAAGACACGGAGCAUUUCUUUUGGUUGUGCCCUCACUUACAGGACAUACAAAGCAGGCAUGGUCGCCUUGUUUCUUUGCGUGCCGACACUGGCCCCUGGCCGUCUUGUUUGGAGCUGUGUGGUCUUGUGCCCUUGAAUUUCGAGAUCCCAGGUUACAAUCACAUUCAACUGGCUCAUUUAGUGCAAGCUUACCUGCUUGAUGUGGUGCGUCGCUCAUGGGAUUUGGGUUGGCCGAAUUCAGAUGACAAACCGCAAGAGGAGAGUCAAUCCUCUGCUUUGCCUGUGGAACCCUUGCUUUUGAAGCUUCCGUUGGAACCACCCAAACUGUCAUCUACCACUUUUCCUUGGCCUGAACAGUUCUGUGUGGAUUUGCUUAGCUUCCUGAAGACCUUGACAUGGCCCAAGCAGCCGACCCCUAACGGCAUUUCGUGGGCAGAGUUGGUGGUGAAUUUUGAGAUUGUUACUGGCAAGGCACUUCCUCGCAACCCUGGUCGAAGUCGUGCUAGACACUUGCGUACAUAUGGUGAGGCAGCUGUGCCCCUGCUUGAGGCUCCUGACAAUCUUUACAAGAAAGUUUUGACCCUGUCCAGUGCUUGUCGUUCCUUUGCGCGCCUGAUCGGUGCACCUGUGGUUGUGGGCCGAGCAGAGAUCUCAUCCUUGCGUGUGGAGGUGUUUAGGGCUCGUGAGCUUGUGACUGGAUUCAAUCAAGUCCUUGAAGCGUGUGAGAAAUCCAAUUUCUGGUUGCGUACAGCGAAUCAAGGGGCCAUCAUCCUUCUUUUUGUCAUUUUUGUUUCUGUGGUGUGUUGGGUGGCUGCUUUACGUGUGUUCAAAACCAGUGAGCAUCUGGUGAAACCCGAGAUCCAUCGUGCUUUGCCUGCAGUGCCAGAGGUUGUUGCCCCGCCAGUUGUGAAAGCUGGCCCUUGCCGACCAUCUGACCGGCUUCGAAUCAAAGAAGAAAGGGCUUAG